CAGCACAACAAUUAGGUUUAGCGAAUAUUUCUUUGCAUUAUGGAUCUCAUGAAAAAAUACCCUUUUUUUGCUACGGAAGAUGUGGAGGAGUUUGUAAAUCGGUACCCUUAUGCUACAAAAGGAGAUAUGGUGAAGCUUUUCCUCACUGCUGGCCCAGGCUUAAAGAUGAACUACCGCACUCGUGACAAUCUCAGCUACCUGGAUGACUUUGCUCAAUAUAUCAAUAUCAUACGAAAAACCGAAAAAGAAAAAGGCAGAGAACAUGUUGAAGCUUUGCCUUUACUUCAUGUGCAUUCUGUACAUGUACAACCAAAAGGAGAUGUAGAAAGUGGAUCACUCCCUGUAUAUGGAAAGAUUCGGGUUAAGUAUGUAGAUGUCAUUAGUGACGAACCCUUGCACCUUGAUGUUUACAACCGAAGUGCCGAGGAUCCCGACUACAUAAGCCCAAGUGGUGGUUAUUUAACUCUUGGUUGGCGUAAUCCUUUCCUUACUUAUUCUAGUUUGUGGAUGGCAUUGUACGGAACAACAAUAGAAGUGGAUCUCUAUCUCAAAAAUGGGGGUAAGAGCAUUUCGUUUGCUCGAGAAAUUUUUUUGGUGGGGAGUGCAACCGAAGGCGAUGUUGAAGAAUUGAAAUCAAAAGAAUUCCGUAAUAGACUUUGCUCCGCUACCUUGAGUUAUAUUAAAAUGCCAUUUGGUGCCCUUUGCAAGGUGAAUGUUCGAUUCUCUAGCAGAGAUGAGGGCCUAGUUGUUGAUGUUGUUGGAAAGAUUGUUGCACGAUAUAAGAACACUUGUGGAAACUAUAACUCAGAACCGUGCGUUCUUUUUGAGAAGCUGAAUGGCUCUGAACCAGUAAAAAUGAAGGAAAACAUGUGUAUGUCGAGAACAUGGUUGGGGUUGCCUGCAUAUUCGUCACUUGAAGUUGAUCUGGAUUUGACAGACUUCAACACAGGAAAAAAACUUGUCAACAAAAAAGUAGAAGUGUUCAACGGGAAUGGUGAUUAUGCAAUGAAAGGUGCAGUGGAUGUGGGUGAUUUUGCGGUUUUUGUGGAUGCAGGACUGUUUUCGUGCCCACAUAUGGGCAAUGCGUGGAGUGAUGGGGAACAAUAUGGGUCUUAUAUCACAUCGUUAUCAUCCAACAAUGGCAACCCUAGGUGCGAUGAUCAAGACCGAGAAAGUAUACUGAGACCAUCAUGUUUAGCCCAAUUCUUUUCAAUCUUCAUCGGCCGUAAAAAAAUGGGGGCGACACUGAACAUUUUUGGCACAGUUGAAUUCUCUUCUGAUGAUAACACUCACUACCUGUUUAAGAGGACAAGUAAUGAUAGUGUGCAAGUAGAAGAUUCACAGAAAGUUUUACCAUUGGGAGAUGUGUGUAUGAGUUUUCAGAAGAAAAGCAUUCUUGAAUUGAAGGUUGAUCUAAAAGAUGUUGGUGGGAAAUUUCAGAGUAGAGGUUUUGCUACUUAUGACCUUGGAGAAUAUAAACCUGAUAUAUCCUAUAACAGCCAAAUCUGGUCUGUUUUCCCGGGCAAAGAUGGGUUUUGUGCGUUGCAUUACUCCAUGUUCUCAACAGCUUGUCUUGCAAAGAUUGAGAUCACUUUAAAAGUUAAAAGUGCUCAUUCCGGGGUUUACAAGAUCUAUGGAAGUGCAAUUGCGCAAUAUAGUGACUUUGACUACUCAACUAAGUUCAAAGAAGAUUAUUUUCGGAGCGUGCUUUUCAAAAGGACUGAGAAGGAUCCAAUACGAUUAAAGGACAAUGGGAGAGUACCACUUUCUCAAUGUGCAGUUGCGGUGCCAAUGGAUUCGUCCCUCAUUAUUGCAGUAGAUUUUAGGGACACGUCUUUGACAGAUCAUUUCUUAUGCAAGGAAGAGUUCAGUAUUGGAUGUUGCUCCUUUAGCACAAAGGUAAAUGAGCAUGAACUUGACAUCAAGUUGACUUGGAGUGAUGGAUUGCACGAUGGGGGCAGGGAUUCCGAUUUAGACAUGGAUUGCAGGAUGGGUGGAGAGAAUAAGGCAACGACAAGCAUCAACGAAAACCAACAUGAUCACUGCAAUGGCGGGAGUGAUUUAGACGAAGGCGAGGAUUGCAGGAUGGGUGGAGUGAGUCAGGCAAAGACAAAGUAGCUCAUUCUUUAAUUGUACUACAUUAUAUAAAUGCACAUGCAAAAGGAAGCCUAACAUGAGUAUAGCCAUAAAAUAACACUGAGUAACAUAAAAAAAGAGGUAAUGGCUUUUUCUGUCUGGUGGAGUGAUUCUUGGGCUGCUACUGAACUUUUGAGGAUCUUCUCUUGUUGCUAACUCUUUUUAUUUGCGUUUUCAAGCCUCAAGCGGAAACAACCUGAUCCGAACUAUGGGCGGACCGAAUUAGACGAAGACGAGUGUGUAAGUCUGAUUCAAACGUAGACUUCUUGAUGG